CAGAUCAGUUCCAUAGAAUCAUUCGCAUUAGCUGAUUAUAUUCCCGCAGCUAUGUCUAAAUCCGCAACCUUCUUUAUAUUCGCAAUUAUUCCAUUGUUUGUGGAAGGCUCUUUGGUACCCCCCGAAGGCUCUGUGUGCCUACUGAAGGAUCCAGAAAACCAGUGCGGAUCCUUCUGUAUGUCCGUAGUGAAGCCAAUGGUCAAUCACAUUGCCAAACACCAAGACCAGUGGAGUACCUCCGAUGCCCUAGGUCUUAAUGAAACCCAGGCAAAGCUGGAAAGGAUUGAAGGCCAGCAGGCGUCCCUUGAGAAAGCCGUAAGGGCGGCCAUGCCGGCGCAGGACAUCGCGACGAGGCUCAACAGGAUGGCAGAUCAGCAAGAAAUUCUAGUUUCCAACGGCAAAGAAACCCUGAAUAAGUUGGAAAGGAUCCUCUCGCAGGACUUGCUGGCAAAGCUGGAUAGAAUGGAAACACUUUGGCAGCAGAAACUCUCUUGUGCUCAGAAUCCAAAGGAAUCCAAAAACAUCCCACCGGAUUUUCAAAAGAUAGGCAGCAGGUUUUUCUACAUCGAGAGGAGCACCAAGUUGAAUUGGUUUGCCGCCUCAGACAAGUGUCGCCGGAUGGGUGGUCAGCUGGCGAUCAUAGAGGACGAAGUGGAGCGGAGGGCUGUUGCGGCAAAGGUUAAUUCAACGUACGACGUGGGCUUUUGGCUGGACAUCCAUAAUCUGGCCAAUAAGUUCGAGUACACAUCUUCGGCCACCGGCAGGAUACCUUUUAUAAAGUGGGGCAGUAAUCAGCCCAACAAAGGCGAUGAGGAAUGCGUCGCCAUGGAUAAUGGUGAAAUGCAUGAUUAUAGUUGUGCCAGUAAAUUGUUUUUCAUUUGUCAGGCCUGAAAACUGUUGAAGAAAUGUCAGACUUAAACAUUUAAUAAAUGGAAUUUAAUUUGAUGGUAUUUUUUAAAUAAAAAGCUA